AUGGCCCUGCUGCCGCUGCUGCUCCUGGCGGCCGCGGCCGCCCUCCUCGCCCGCGGGGGCUGCGCGGAGCCCCGAGACACAGGAUCGGUUCCCAUGCAAGACCCUGGCUAUGACAUUGUUCACCCAGUCAAGGUGGAUGAGAGAGGCGCCUUCCUCUCCUACAACCUGUCCCACCGUUUGCUCUCCAAAAGGGCCCUUUUCGCCCAGAAGCGCUCACGUGCUUUCUACAGUCUCCGCCACAGAGGGCAGCAGCUGAGAUUCAACCUGAGCCUGAACAGCCACCUCCUGGCUCCUGGUUUCGUUAGCGAGAGGCGCUAUGGAGGAGGCCUCGCUCACGCCAAGAUCCGGGCUUACAGCCAGAACUCAUGUCACAUGAUUGGGUCAGUUCAGAACCAGGAGCAAGAAAGUGGAUUGGCUGCUCUUAGCACAUGUGAUGGGCUGAAAGGGGUCUUCCGGCUGGCCAACGAAGACUUCUUUAUUGAGCCGCUGGCUCCAAGCAACCUGGGCGGGGAGAAGAAAGCCCACUCCCACAGGGUCUACAGGCGCCACGUUCCAGAGUACGAGGCCGAAGAGUUUAUUUCAGUAGUGAGCACAAUGCAAGACAGGAAACAGGUGGCCAUUGGCAAGAUGUGUGGUGUCCAAGAGAGCCUUGAGGACUCUGAGAAGCGCAGAGAAAAGUGGGAGGAGAAGCGGCGGCGGCGGCGGCGGAUCAAGCAGCGCUCCGUCAGCAAGGAGAAAUGGGUGGAGACUCUGGUGGUGGCUGACACCAAGAUGGUGGCGUACCAUGGCAGCGCUCACGUGGAGAAAUACGUCCUGACUGUCAUGAACAUGGUGGCCGGUUUAUUCCAUGACGCCAGCAUUGGGAACCCUAUCCACGUUUCUAUUGUGCGUCUUAUCUUUCUGGAAGAUGAGGAGGAAGAUCUGAAAAUUACCCACCAUGCAGACAACACCUUGAGAAGUUUCUGCAAGUGGCAGAAAGCCAUCAACGUCAAGGGGGACGCUCACCCGCUGCACCACGAUGUUGCAAUCCUGCUCACAAGGAAGGACCUCUGCACUGCCAUGAACCGUCCGUGUGAGACGCUGGGCCUGUCUCAUGUCUCGGGCAUGUGCCAGCCGCACAGGAGCUGUAACAUCAACGAGGACACCGGGCUACCCCUGGCUUUCACUGUGGCCCACGAACUUGGACACAGUUUUGGGAUUCAGCAUGACGGAAGCGGCAAUGACUGUGAGCCAGUUGGGAAAAGACCUUUCAUCAUGUCUCCACAGCUCCUGUACGACACGUCGCCACUCACCUGGUCCCACUGCAGCCGGGAGUACAUCACCCGCUUCCUCGACCGAGGCUGGGGGCUUUGCCUGGACGACCCGCCAGCCAAAGGUGUGAUCGACUUCCCGUCCGUGCCACCAGGAGUCCUCUACGACGUCAGCCACCAGUGCCGGCUCCAGUAUGGCGCCUACUCCACCUACUGUGAGGAUAUGGACAGCGUCUGCAACACCCUCUGGUGCUCCGUGGGGAACACGUGUCACUCCAAGCUGGAUGCAGCUGUCGAUGGCACCAAGUGUGACGAGAACAAGUGGUGCUUCAAUGGAGCGUGCGUGCCCGAGGGAUACCGGCCAGAGGCCGUCGAUGGCGGCUGGGCCGCCUGGAGCUCCUGGGCGGCUUGCUCUCGGACCUGCGGCGCUGGAGUGCAGAAUGCGGAGCGGCAGUGCGACAGCCCCUCGCCAAAGUAUGGCGGGAAAUUUUGCCUGGGGGAACGGAAACGCUUCCGGGUCUGCAGCAGACAGCCCUGCCCCACGGACAAGCCAUCUUUCCGGCACGUUCAGUGCAGCCACUUUGAUGCCAGGCCCUACAAAGGGAAGCUUUAUAAAUGGAGCCCGGUCCCUAAUAAUAGCAACCCGUGCGAGCUGCACUGUCGCCCGGAGAACGAGUACUUUGCCGAAAAGCUCCGUGACGCUGCUGUCGAUGGGACCCCGUGUUUCGAAGGAAACUCCAGGCGGGACGUGUGCAUCAACGGAAUCUGCAAGAACGUCGGCUGUGACUAUGAAAUCAACUCCUAUGCUGUCGAGGACCGGUGCGGUGUGUGCCGUGGGGAUGGAUCAACCUGCCAGACAGUGAAGAAGACCUUUGAGGAGAGGGAGGGCCUGGGUUAUGUUGACGUCGGGCUGAUCCCAGCCGGAGCGCGAGAGAUUCAGAUUGAGGAGAUGGCCGAGGCAGAGAACUUCCUGGCCUUGAGGAGUGAAGAUCCAGAGAAAUACUUCCUGAACGGCGGCUGGACCAUCCAGUGGAAUGGCGAUUACAAGGUGGCCGGGACAACCUUCACCUACGAGAGGACAGGAAACUGGGAGAACCUUACCUCUCCGGGGCCCACAGAGGAGCCUGUGUGGAUUCAGCUCUUAUUCCAGGAGAGGAAUCCAGGAAUCCGCUAUCAAUACACCAUUCAAAGGGAAUCCGAUAAUGAAAAUGAGAUCACUCCAGCCGAGUUCUUCUGGCAAUACGGGUCCUGGACAAAAUGCACAGUCACCUGUGGGACAGGGGUUCAGAGGCAGAGCGUGCGCUGCGUCGAGAAGGUGGCUGGCGCUGUGGAGGAGCUGUACUGCGAGGCGCUCAGCCGGCCUGACGACAAGCAGAGGAGCUGCAGCGAGGAGCCGUGUCCAGCCAGGUGGUGGACUGGCGAGUGGCAGGCGUGCACGGCCACUUGUGGCGACACGGGGCUGAUGAAGAGACCCGUCCUCUGCAUUCAGAGCGUGGCCCUGGACGAGCAGCAGGCCCUGCCGCCCAGCCGGUGCCACCAUCUCCCCAAGCUGGACGCCACCGCCCCCUGCAACCGAGAGCACCUCUGCCCGGCUCGGUGGGCCACGGGCAACUGGUCUGAGUGUUCGGUGACGUGUGGGAGUGGGACGCAACAGCGCCCGGUUUACUGCCCCAAUGAUACCAAAGCCAGCUGUGAUCCGGGGCAAAGGCCCGUGUCUGAAACGGCCUGUACGUUGCCGCCCUGCUGGAAUAGGGCAGAGGCCGCCGUCCCUGACUGGUCUGGCAGCGGUUCUUCCAGCCGUGAGCUGUUUAAUGAAAUCAAUUUCAUUCCAGGCCAUCACAUCCCCAAGUUUAGUCCUUCCGUGCCCAAAUCCAAAGACCUCAAUGACAUAACAGAGGAAGAUUUUUCACCCGGUAACAACGAAAAGGGAAAUGUGUUUGUGGAUGACUUUUACUACGAUUAUAAUUUCAUCAACUUCCAUGAAGAUCUGUCAUAUGACCCAGUCGACAGGGGGGGAGAGGAUUUGAAGCCAGAUGUUGGGGUGACAACUGCGGACAACAUGAAGAAGGAUUCUGAAGGAACGCAUCCCAGUUUUCUCCCAGCUAUAAACCUAGAGGACAGAAUGAAAAAAGAAAGCACAAAAUCUCCAGCUAGUGGGCACAAUAAUGACGAGGAAACUAAUAAGGGUCAAGAGAGUAACACUGUGGUUGAUUUGUAUGAUUCUGGUGAUACCACAGUUGCCAUCCCAACCACCUCCACCAUUGCAGUCAAAGAGAAGAACAUCCCGCCAUCACCUCUGGAAGAUCAUCUGUCCACCACCACAGCAGCAGCAACAGGCUCUUCUCCAGCUAGCAGCAGUCAUCUUGCUAAUACUCGAGAAAACCCUUUUACAAACAGACCUUUGGAGGAGAACAUGGCGGUCACAACUCAUUCCUCCAACUUUCCUUACUCACCCAUUCUAACUCCAACGACACCUUCUCACCAGGACAGCCACGGUCAGGGAAGCAAGUCUGGUGCUCCUAGCAGGAGGAUGCAAGACCCCCAAAGUUCAACCUUUCCUGAUCACGGUGUUCACAAAGGCAAUGGCUUGUGGGACAUGGCAGAGGAAGGCAAUGGGGAGCCCAGGCACGCAGGCCGGGCCUUUCCUAACGGUGAAGGUGACCCAGGGAUUGCUCACAGAAUUAAAGACAUCCAGUUGAACACAGUCACAACAGCAGCUGCUAGAACAACCAGGCCAGCUGGCCCCCUUGCCCAUCGGUCAACUCAUUCUACUGGAGCCACUCCUGAUCUUUCCACACAAAAUGGCAGGGGCCCAGAUUACACUGUGAGUUCACCCAAUGUGGAAACUGACAAGAGUCAUGCAGAAGAUGCGCAUAACCACCGGCACAGUCCCCGCAAGGGUGCCCUUCCACCGGUGGUCUCCUCCCCCUCCUCUGCCUAUGACUUAUCCUCCCUUGCAUCUCACACUCCAGACCCGUGGGGGCUGCAGUUGUCCGUUGAGCCAACCUGGUUCGAGCAGGGCCCGGCCUUCCCCAACACUUCCCCUUCGAUGCCGGCUGUACCAAGAGCUAGUGAGGGGAUCACAAAGCUUGUCUCUUCCACUGGGGACCAAGGACCUUUCAGGGGCAGAAAAGAGAGCUUGCCCGGUGGAGUUCGCUGGACAUUUGGCAAUCGCAACGGAGGCCUCGGGCCCAGCCUCAUAACUGCAAAGCACCAGGAAGUGGAGAAGAGCAAGGCGCCCUCCGUGAUGCCUUCCGUGCUGCUGGCCGCUGUUGUCAAUGCCAGCUGGGAAACUGGAAACUGGAGUGAGUGCUCCACCACCUGUGGCCUUGGUGCCCUUUGGAGGACAGUGCGCUGCAGCACGGGAAUGGCGGAAGACUGUAGCCCUGCCAGGAAGCCUGUUCCUGCUCGAAGGUGUUACCUGAGGCCAUGCUCCACCUGGCACGUUGGAAACUGGAGUAAGUGCUCCAAGACCUGUGGAGGCGGAGUGAAGUUCCGGGACCUGCACUGCAUUGACACGCGGGACCAGCGUCCCCUUCGCCCCUUUCACUGCCAGGCUGUCCUGUACAAGCCACCGACGCAGAUGCCGUGCCAAACCAAGUUGUGCCUCAGCUGGUACACAUCUGCCUGGAGAGAGUGCUCUGAGCUGUGUGGAGGAGGAGAACAAGAGCGUCUGGUUACCUGCCCAGAAUUUGGAAGAUGCGAUGAAGCCGUACAACCGAACAACAUGAGGUCUUGCAACAUCCACCCCUGCACCAAGUGGACAGUGGGGUCCUGGGGGCAGUGCACGGCCACAUGUGGUGGAGGCAUCCAGAGGAGGCUAGUGAAGUGCAUGAACACCAAGACUGGAGAGGCAGAAGAAGACAGCGGCCUGUGUGGCCAUGAACAAUGGCCAGAGCAUAUCCAGAAAUGCAACCUCCAAGUCUGCAGCUACAAUGAGUCAAGUUUCCUCUGUGAGCGUGACCGGCUCUCCUUCGGCUUCUGCCAGACGCUGAGGCUGCUGGGAAGAUGCACUCUCCCCACAGUCAGCAUCCAAUGCUGCCGGACCUGCCACCAACAUGGCCACAGCCACCGAGACCGUGGGAACGAGCGCGCCUCCCGGAAGUAAAAGCUGGUGUUCACAAGGACCCUUUGGGGAGGAAGAGCAGGAGGCCUCAAGGGGAAUGUCUGCCUUGGCCAACCCAGGGCUCUCAGGUGAGACUCAGCCGUGGUGCCUGCACGAUCGCUGCAGUCUACUUCCGUCUGGUGCUCUUCAAGACGCAGAAGUUUUACAUUCACGCUGUUGAGCUAUGUCUCCAAACUACACUCA